AUGGACCUUCUCGGUUUCCAUGCCGUGAGGUCCCAGUCCCUGUUCCUGUGGCUUGGCUUCGCGUCGGGAGGGUAUGCGUUUCAGGGAAAGAGAAGCAACCUGGAAGCCUACGACCAAGGUACUGAGUACGGUAUGGUGCGCUUCUGGGACGACUUCGGGACUUCUCCAUCGACCAAUGGCCCAAUUGCCGGCGAGGAUGCGGCACUCUACGGCCCCACGAUCCAGAAGUACUUGUUUACUAAGGCCUUCGAGAAUCGAGUCAGGUCGGUCAUGCCGAAGCUGGUUGCUGUACCGCACAUCGAAGGGAGGGAAAAAUGCCGGUUCAUGAGAAGAUCACGGGAGCACUGAAUGGAAUGACCCCGUCACUGAGACGCCUCGAGAUUAGACCCUCCCGUUACAUUAAGGUUGAGUCCGUGUCAUCC